AGGGUCCCAGAGCGGGCAUUCCGGGUCCCAGCCACGCGAUUUCUGAUCAGGAUUGUUACAAUGAGUCUACGGAAGCAAACUCCCAGCGACUUCUUAAAGCAAAUCAUUGGACGACCAGUGGUGGUAAAACUAAAUUCUGGAGUGGAUUAUCGAGGGGUCCUGGCUUGUCUGGAUGGCUACAUGAAUAUAGCCUUGGAGCAGACAGAAGAAUAUGUAAAUGGACAGCUGAAGAAUAAGUAUGGGGAUGCAUUUAUCCGAGGAAACAACGUGUUAUACAUAAGCACACAGAAGAGAAGGAUGUGAAGGCAUCAAGCGUGCAGCACUCUUCAGACCUGGAUAUAUAUAAU